GCAGUCCCUCUGUCCGCGGAAGGAGGCUUUUGGUGGUGCUGUGUGAUUCCUACCAGCUGUUUCCCGCCUUGAAAGACAUCCGAUCAGCUGCAACUACACACAUACACGUACAUGCAGAAGGAAAGAGAGAGAUUGAGAGCGCCACACAACGAGGGAACCCUAUCAGCUGGAAGUGGAGUAACGUUUAGAACUCCGACUGCUCUGCUACUACAUAAGGAAUUUUCCGAAUUAUGAAAUUAUUCUAGAUUUAUGAGCAAGGGAAUUUGCACCUGAAACUGGAACAUAUUUUGUGCGUUAAUUCAUUUGAACCGGGGGACACACAACUGGAGAGGAAAGCAUGGAGUAUUUCAUGGUACCAGCACAGAAGGUGCCUUCCUUGCAACAUUUUAGGAAAACGGAGAAGGAAGUGAUUGGGGGUCUUUGUAGCCUGGCGAACAUCCCUCUGACCCCCGAGACAGCGCGCGACCAGGAGCGGCGGAUCCGCCGGGAGAUCGCCAACAGCAACGAGGGCGGGGGCGCAUGCAGAGCAUCAACUCCGCUUCCAUCGCUCAAGACGCUCAUUCCCCACAGCGAGGGAGAGAAACUCAGCAAGGUGGGUCCGAGGGAGGAAAGGAAGGAGAGAAACUCAGCAAGGUAG